AUGGCAGACAAAACAGCCCCGCAAUCUCAACUGAAAUUGGAAUGGGUCUACGGUUACAGAGGUCAUCAAUGCCGUAAUAAUUUAUAUUAUACGUCUAAUAAAGAUGUUGUAUAUUUUGUGGCCGGCGUUGGAAUUGUUUACUCUGUUCGAGACCAUAAACAACGAUUUUUCCUGGGACAUGAUGAUGAUAUUAUCAGUUUAACUCUACACCCUGAGAAAACACUGGUAGCUACAGGACAAAUUGGUAAAAAACCGUAUAUUUGUGUAUGGGAUGCUGCUACUUGUGAAACUGUAUCGAUUUUAAAAGAUGGACAUGAACAUGGGGUGGCUGCUAUGGGAUUUGAUAAGGAAGGCUCUAGACUGGUAUCAGUGGGAUUGGAUCAACAUUCUACUAUUAAUGUAUGGGAUUGGAGAAAAGGUAAAAUAUUGGCUACAGUUAGAGGACAUUCUGAUAAGGUAUUUGAUGUACAGUUCCAUCCUUAUAUGGACAAUACUAUCGUAUCAUGUGGUGUUAAACAUAUUAAAUUCUGGACGUUAUGUGGUAACGCCUUAACACCUAAAAAAGGUAUAUUUGGUAAGAUAGGAGAGAUUCAGACUAUACUAUGUUUAGCGUUUGGACCAGGUAAUAUUACUUACUCAGGUACGCUAGCUGGUGAUGUCUAUGUAUGGAAAGAUAAUACACUAGAUAGUGUGAUACAGGGGGCACAUAAUGGAGCUAUCUAUACAUUAGAUAUGUGUGAUGAAGGAUAUACAACUGGUGGUAAAGAUUCUAUGGUUAAACUAUGGGACACUGAUUUUAAGCCUAUCUCAGCUGUAAAUUUGGCUAACUCUCAAGAUGGCUAUAAAGGAUUAUGUGUACGUAGUGUAUGUUGGAGAGCUGAUAGAUUGUUAGUAGGAACACAAGACAGUGAAAUAUUUGAAAUUGAUGUAAAAGACAAAAAUAAACCUCAAUGCUUAGUUCAAGGUCAUGCUGAAGGUGAACUCUGGGCCCUGGCUGUUCAUCCUAGGAAACCAAUCUUCGCUACUGCUAGUGAUGAUCAGACAUUGAGAUUAUGGAAUAUGACCAACUCAGAACUCUUAUCUAAAACAACCCUAGAGAAUAAAAUCAGAUCGUGUUCAUUUGAUUUUGAUGGAAACCAGAUAGCUGUUGGAUUUACUGACGGUUCAUUCAUGGUGUUAAGAUCAAGAGACCUAUCUGAGGUGAUCCAUAUGAAAGAUCGUAAAGAAGUUAUACAUGAAAUGAAGUUUUCACCAUGUGGCAAGUUUCUGGCUGUAGCAUCUAAUGAUAACUUUGUUGAUAUUUAUUCCGUGGAUCAGAGAUUCAAACGAGUUGGAACAUGUUCUGGUAGUUCUAGUUUUAUCACCCAUAUUGAUUGGUCAGAGGACAGUAAAUAUCUUCAGACUAAUAGUGGUGCUUCAGAACGACUCUUCUUUAAAAUGCCAGUGGGUAAACAAGCUACCAAUAAAGAAGAGAUAAUGUCUAUCCACUGGGCAUCAUUUACUGGUGUACUGGGAGCAGAGGUCAGUGGUAUAUGGGAGAAAUAUACUGAUACUAAUGAUGUCAAUGCUGUAGAUGCUAAUUUUGCUGCUCAAACUGUUGUCACUGGUGACGAUUUUGGUUUAGUCAAACUUUUUAGAUUCCCUUGCUUGAAGAAAGGGGCUAAAUUCCGAAAGUAUACAGGUCAUUCCGCCCAUGUUAGUAAUGUUCGAUUUUCAUCUGAUAAACAGAAAGUGAUAUCUAUAGGAGGUGCUGAUCAUGCUAUAUUUCAAUGGAAAUUUUAUCCACAAGGAUCUGGUAGUGAUGACUUGAGUCUUGGAGGUGUAGAUGCAUAUCUAGAUAGUAACAGUGAAGCUAGUGAUAGUGACCUAUCAGAUGUAGGAGAACUAGAUAGUGAUUUAGAACGUGAGAAACAAGUGAGCUAUGAUAGAGCUAUAUAUAAAGAAGAUACCAAAUCACUGAAGAAAUUGAUGAGACAAGAUAUGAAAGCUGGAGAUAAAAGAAAAAAGGGACCCAUUGAUAGUCUUAAACUUUCUUAUAUUCAUGGAUAUCGUGGGUAUGAUUGUCGUAAUAAUUUAUUCUAUACACAAAGUGGUGAAAUAGUGUAUCAUGUUGCUGCCACUGGUAUAGUUUAUAGUAAAGAGAAAAAUCAACAGAAAUUCUACACCUGUCAUACUGAUGAUAUACUGUGUUUAUGUAUCCAUCCAUUGAAAGAUCUAGUGGCUACUGGACAGGACAGAUCUAGUAGCUACUGGACAGGUGAUGGUAAAAAGCUAGUAUCUGUAGGAUUAGAUGAUAACCAUACUAUAGUAGUGUGGGACUGGAAAAAGGGUGAAAAGUUAGCUUCUACUAGAGGUCACAAAGACAAGAUAUUUGUAGUAAAAUGGAAUCCAUUCGAUGGUAGUAAAUUAGUAUCAGUUGGUGUUAAACAUAUCAAAUUCUGGACCCAAACAGGAGGUGGGUUUACAUCCAACCGAGGAACUCUAGGUAAAGUAGCUAAACUAUGUGAUAUGUUAUGUGUAGCCUAUGGUAAAUCAGAUGAUUUAUGUUUUUCUGGUGGUAGUGAUGGUAACGUUUUUAUAUGGCAAGGUUUAAACUUACAGAAAGUAGUAAAAGCUCAUGAAGGACCUGUCUUCUCCAUGCAUUCUCUGGAUAAGGGAUUUGUAACAGGAGGUAAAGAUGGAGUAGUUGGUUUAUGGGAUGAUCAGUUUGACAGAUGUUUAAAGACCUAUGCUCUUAAAAGAGCUGCUAUUGCCCAAGGAUCACGAGGUAUGCUGAUUCAAGAAUCACCAGCUAUUAGAGCUAUAGUAUUAGGCCAUGGUAAAAUACUAGUGGGUACUAAAAAUGGUGAAAUUAUUGAAGUUGAUAAAUCUGGACCCAUGACAUUACUUACACAGGGCCAUAUGGAGGGAGAAGUAUGGGGUAUAGACUGUCACCCAACACAAGCUAUCUAUGCUACAGUUAGUGAUGAUAAAACAUUGAGAUUAUGGGAUCUAGCUACAGAUCAUAGAAUGUUGAAUUUUAAAGAAUUAAAACAAGCUGCAAGAUGUGUUGCCUUCAGUCCUGAUGGUAAAGCUUUAGCUGUUGGUCAGAAAGAUGGAAGUUUUGUGGUAGUAAAUGCUGAGAGUAUGGAUGAUAUAAUACAUAUACAUCAUAGAAAGGAGGAGAUAUCAGAUAUCAGAUUUUCACCGGAUACUGGUAAAUAUCUAGCUGUGGCCUCCCAUGAUAAUUUUGUUGAUAUUUAUAAUGUACAGAGUACUAAAAGAGUAGGAACUUGUAAAGGAGCAUCAAGUUAUAUCACUCAUAUAGACUGGGGUAGUAAUGGAAAGGUAUUAAUGGUGAACUCAGGAGCCAAAGAACAACUUUUCUUCGAAGCGCCAAGAGGUCAUCGCAUAACCAUGAAAUCUAAUGAUAUAGAGAAGUUUAACUGGGACAGUUGGACCUGUGUAUUAGGGACAGCAUGUGAGGGAAUCUGGCCACCUAAAAGUGAUGUCACUGACGUCAACUCCACCACAGAUGAUUUUGGUUUUGUGAAAUUAUUUGCUUUCCCUUACCAACAAAACUACUACAUGUGUUGUUAUGACAGUGAUGUAGAAAGAGAGAAGAAAAUGGAUUAUACCAGUAAAAUAUAUAUCAGUCCUAUUAGAGAGAAAGAGGGUGUGAAACCUCACAAUCAGGAACAAGCACAAUCUACACAAAAUAAACCUGUUGCCAGUAGAAAUGUUAAUAAAGCACCAUUAGUACAGAAAGCUGAUCUACCUCCAUCUACUGGUGGUAAGAGAAGAAAAAUUACACCAGUUAAUGAGUUACAGUUAGAGUAUGUUCAUGGUUACCGUGGUUUUGAUGCUAGAAGUAAUCUGUAUUAUUGUAAUGAUGCCAAUGAUGUUGUAUUUCACGCUGCUGGUGCUGGUAUUGUACAAAAUAUGUCCACAGGAAGCCAAUCAUUUUAUCUCGAACACACUGAUGAUAUCAUCUGUCUAGAUGUCAACCAACAUCCUAAAUUUAAAAACGUCAUAGCUACAGGUCAGAUUGGUAAUCAGCCAUCAGUACAUGUAUGGGAUGCUGUCACUAAGAAAACACUGUCUAUAAUACGAGGGGUCCAUUCUAAAGGUGUCUGUUCUGUGGAUUUCUCAUGUACUGGUAAACUUCUCCUGUCAGUUGGGUUAGAAGAUGAUCAUAAUUUAGCUGUUUGGAGAUGGCAAGAUGGUACGUAUUUGAAAUCUAUUUAUAUGACAUUUGUAUUUAUUAGUGAAUAUCUGAAUAGUUUAACAUAUACUGGAGCUCUGAGUGGUGAUGUUUAUGUAUGGAAAGAGAAUACAUUAAUAAGAUUAGUACAGAAAGCCCAUACUGGACCUGUCUUCUCUAUGUUUACUACAUUACGUGAUGGACUUAUUGUAACUGGUGGUAAAGAACUACCCAGAAGUAAAGAUAAUGGGCCGGUAAAACUAUGGGAUCAAGAUAUGAAGAGAUGUAAAGCUUUUCCUAUCCGUGAUGAAGGCAAGAGAGCCGAUGUGGUCAAAUCAGUUUGUAGGAGUAAGGGUAAGAUCCUAGUAGGAACUAGAGAUAAUUCUGUACUAGAACUGAGUGAAAAAGAAGGUAAUAUACAGAUACUGGUUGCUGGUCAUUCUGAAGGUGAAGUCUGGGGAUUAGAUACUCAUCCUACCCUCAACCAUUUUAUCACUGCCAGUUUUGAUGGUACUGUUAGGAUGUGGGAUAUAGCCAAAAAGACAUUACUAGCCCGACUAGAAGUAGGUUCAGCUAGAAGUGUAGCUUUUAGUCCUGAUGGUGAACUGAUAGCUGUAGGUUUGAAUAAUGGAGAAUUCCUGGUCCUAUCAGUCAAUGGAUUGAAAUUAUGGGGUAAAAAACGAGAUCGAUCUGGUGCCAUCAAUGAUGUAAAAUUUAGCCCUGAUAAUAAAUACCUAGCAGUAGGAUCGGAAGAUAAAUGUGUAGAUUUUUAUAACCUGACUGAAGGUCCCAGUUUAAAUAGAAGUAGUUUUUGUAAAGGUAUACCUAGUUUUGUUAUACAGAUGGAUUUCUCAGCUGAUAGUAAAUAUAUAAGGGUUGGAACAGGUGAUUAUACACCUCAUGUAUUUAAAGUACCAGCUGGUACACUGGUAGAAGAUAAACAAAUCUUAGAUAAUAUCACUUGGGCAUCUUGGACAAGUGUGUUAGGAGAGGAAGUAAUAGGAAUAUGGCCGAGAGAUUCAAGUAAUGCAGACGUCAACUGUGCUCAUCUCUCACAUCUUGGAAGUUCUCUAGCUACUGGAGAUGAUAAUGGUUUUGUUAAAUUGUUUGAAUUUCCAUGUUCGGAUAGAUAUGCUUCUCAUAAGAACUAUGUAGGACAUUCAGCUCAUGUCACCAAUGUAAGAUUUUCAUCUGAUGAUAGACAUCUGAUUAGUACUGGUGGAGAUGAUUGCUGUGUUUUUGUAUGGAAGUGUGUAUAA